AUGAGGGAUGAACUUCGCUCGUCCUUCCAAUCCGAUAUUACCUUGAGAUCUGAAGUCAGUAGUUUGAGCUGCCGUUCAGAUUUUGAGAAUUCGAACCUAGGGGAGCAAUCGGCAUUAUGUCCAAACAUCGAGAUCUCGGAUGUGGAAAUAUCACUGAGGGAUAAUUUUCCCAUCGAAGGUACCAAUAAGUACCUUCCGAUACCCAUUUCCGAGUCAACGAAAACCGAGAAACCGCCUUCCUUGUGUCGCAGCAAAUGGAUAGCUGUCGACCCGACUAGCAUUUGUGUCUUGGGUGUUGGUACUUCGCUCAUCAUCGCUUCCUUAAUCUUUUUGGGCUAUAUUUGGAAUCAUUCCAUGCGCGCCAUGGCUGGAGACAAUAUGGAGGGGACAUUUUGGAGUCAUAUUGUGUUCUCCAACUGGACAUCCAGAACCGUUACUGUCGCCGCGGCUAUAAUUCGGAUUGCCCUAUCCCUACAGAUGGGCGUUUUCACCGCCAUGAUAGCAUCGCUGAUGAUAGAGAAGGUCGGCGUUCCCUUGAACAUGGCUCCAACAGUCUCAAUACUAAGGGCAAUGCCUGCGUCACCAUUCACUCUAUUCUGGACAACAUUCUCGACCUUUUCAUUUGAUGGUUUGACGUACAAGGUUGCUAUUGGGAUUUCCGUCAUUUUGGCAAUGACUUCUCAAUUUGCAUCUACUGCUCUUCUAUCUGAUUUUGCAAUGGUAAAUGUCACUGCCGCCCAGACAAUCUCGAAAAUUGCGUACGCCAAAUCAGAGCCUACUCACGUCUCUUUUGCUUCAACUAUCUGGACCUUACAACCAUGGACAUAUUUCAGAUUUGCAGAGAGAUGGCAACCCAUCGAAGACAAGCAACUGACAUCUGACUACGAAGAUACGGGUGCUAUUACACGGGCAAUCCUACCUUUUGAAGCUCAGUCGAGUCGCACUCUUUUACGAAAAUAUGAAGGGCCUGCCACGCUUAUUGACUCAAGAGUCUUUUGCGUCCCGCCUCGAAUUAUUCAUAACAUUACGCUCACGUUGCCACUCGGGGGUAACGUAUCGGGCGUCGAAAACCCUCCUUAUUCGAACGAAUACUUCAUGACCGGGGAGUUCAAACUUGAGGGACCGUUUUCGAGGCUCCACACGCUGUUUCCAGAUCUUUCAUGGGGCAUUGACUGUGUUGUGUCAGCAGGAAAUCGUUCCAACGAGAGCGAAAAGGAAACGUCCGAGAGGCCAAUUGAAAAUUUCUCAAUGUGUUCUGUUUCUACCCAAAGCGACGGUCCUUUCCUCCCACCUAAUGCCAAUCUUUCUUUCUCCCUACCUUCAUCUUAUCCCAAUGUGUUCCUCAUGAUCACUAGCGCUGGUACGGUCAGGGACUGGGUUGAAGCGAUGGGGACUGACGAUAUGAGUUGGUUGGAUGGAAACGACUCUCAACCUGAUCCACGGACUUGGAAUGCCGAUGAUUUAAGAGGGCCUAGCGAGGGGAUAUGGGCAAGCAUCCAACCACCCACGCUGCCGGACGGCAUCAAACACACGCGCAACUUGAGUAUAUCAGUCAGCGCCUGUUUUGCUAAUCUCGAAGGUCACAUUCGGAAAGUGAACAUCUCCAGCAACACCAAUGGAAUCGACCCCCACUUAGACAUUCGCAAUAACUUUACAGUUCGUUACGAUACGCAAGCCGUUCCAAACCAGUACUUGGUUUCGGCCAACCUUUCAGCGAACGAUCGAGGUAUCAUGACGCUACUUGAAGAAAGAGGAAAGGAAAACGAAACAAGCGAGGACGAUCAUAUGUCCAUGAGUCCUAGCAUAUCCUUCCGAGGGAUACCUGUUGGACUGCCCUCUUGUGGUAUCCUGCAUUGUGCAACGCUUCAAAUUGGCGGGAAAUCAUCUCGCAACAUUCACCAAUCCUACGCAGUGCUCUUUCAGGGGGUUAUGAAGAGGACAGGUAGAGUCACGGAGGCUCUCCAGGCGGUCCUAACAUUGGCUCAGCAAAUGGAAUACUACGAGAACUACCAUUCCUUUGAUCAAUUUGCCUCGGUAUCAUACUCGCUUGCGCAAGAACAAUUGAUUCCUAUACGUCAGAUAGGUUUCAGUAUCGUGGCAGGCACCUGCGGCAUUCACUUCAUCCUCCUGAUCGGAACGAUGAUAUGUUUUGUUCGUUACACCAACGCAACCUGUUUGAGCAACAUGUGGAUGUCAAUUAGUCAGAUUGUUUGCUCGGAAACGGAGGAAAUGAUUCAGAACUCUACACGCAGACUGGAUAACGAGGUUAGGAAGGUCAUUAUGGACACCGAGUCACCUUCUGGUAACUCAGGCCUGAGGCAAAGAGUCAGGGUGAGGAGUAAUGAGCAAAAUAGGAGAGAUGAAUUGAUAAGAUUUUGA